ACAAAGUAAGCUUACUGUGACAAUGUCACAUUUCUAGUCCUUUGUGUGAAAUUUGGCGUUUUCCAACAUUACCAGCUCUACUAAUUAUUUUGACUUUAACGUGCAUUUUCACAAUUUUUCACAAAAAUGAACUUAGCCAGGGUCAAGAUAGAGAUAGAAACGAUGGCUAUCAAUGUGUGGAAAGAAGCGGAGCAGUGGCAGAAAUUAGUCCAACGUGGCAGAGUGACAAUGAAACAAAUUUCCACCAUAAAUACCCGAAUCUUCGACACUGAAAAUCAGUUAAAUAAUAUGGACAAGCCACGCGAACUGCGUUCCACGGAGAAGCGCAUCCAGCAGAUGUUUCUGCGUUUGCAGAAUCCGGUCCAAAAGAUGCGUAGGGUCUUGGAGUCGCUGGGGAAGAUCAAAGAUAGCACCGCGCGGAUGCAUAAUCGGCUGAGUCUUUGGAUUGAUGAUGACCAUGUAACAAAACAUAGGAUCCGGCCCCAUCUGGGGGCUCCCAAGCUUUUGGAACUGCUUCAGUUCCUUUGCCAACGUUAUGAUGCUGAGUGGGAAGUUAAGGAAAUGGUUGUCUACCAUUUGGAGCACAUUAGUAGCUUGCACGAACUACGAAUAUUGGUAGAGGCCUGGUGCAAUUGUCGUCAUGCUGGCGGCGGGCAGUUUCGAAUCAAAAUGGGCGAGUUUUACGAUGCUAUCGGACGUCCUCGUUCAUUUGUAAUAUUCCAGGAAAAUGAAAGACUUGCGUAUAGCUCCACAAACAGAACCCCGCGUUCUGGCUUGAAAAAGGUUAAGGUUUCUGGUUAAAGACUUAAAACAGCCUAUUUUAAAUUAUUAAAUUUGAUGUUAGUAAUAUAUGAAAUUUUA